UAUAAAACAAACCCAUGUGAAGCUUCAAGUUGAUUUUUCAGAAUUUAAAAAAGGAAAAUCAUGCAAUCAAGGACAAUAGGAUUCUUGCAUGGAAACAUCUUCUUACUAAGUGCCGUAAUAGGGGCAGGAAUAUUUGUAUCACCUAAAGGGGUGCUGAAAUACUCCUCACUGAACAUUCCUGUCUCCUUGAGUAUUUGGGCACUUUGUGGGAUACUGAGUAUGAUCAAUGGUCUCUGUGUUGCAGAACUGGGAACCACCUUCCCUACAAGUGCAGCUCCUUAUUUUUUUCUGAAAAAAUCCCUUGGAUCUUGUGUUGCUUUCUUGAAUCUUUGGAUGGAAGUUUUUGGUCUUUUCAUAGGACUGGCUGCUCAAAGCUUGUUGGUAGCUAGCUAUCUAAUUCAGCCUUUCUAUGAUCUGUGCCUGCCACCAGAGCUACCAAAGAAAUGCCUAGCUUUGGCCAUUUUGUGGUCAUUGGGACUUCUGAAUAUUCGAGGGUUGGCAAUAAUAUCUUGGUUUCAAACUGUCAGUACUUUAAUGAAGAUGGCUAUUCUCUGUUUAAUUUCCCUAACUGGGAUUGUGCUAUUAGUGACUGGUAAAAAGGAGAACAUUUUCAAGUUUGAGAAUGCUUUGGAUGCUGAAUUUCCUGAUGCCUCACAAAUUGCAGAAGCUAUUCUCCAAGGAUUCUAUUCCUAUGGGGGCUCCACAUUCCUGGUCAAUUUAGCAGGAGAAGUGAAAAAUCCUGGUCAGACACUUCCAAGAGCUUUGAUUUCUGCUUUGUCCAUCGUGACUGUGAUAUACUUAUUGACUAAUAUAUCCUUCCUGACAGUGUUGACACCAAAGGAAAUCAUCUUUUCAGAUUCUAUUGCUGUCACAUGGAUGGACAGAGUAUUCCCUUCCAUGCAAUGGGUCAUUUCACUGGGGAUUUCAACUGCAAUAAUUGACAACAUUUCUUGUGGAAUACUUAAAGGAUCAAGGAUGCUCUACGCUGCUAGCCAAGAAGGACAAUUGCCUCUGAUCCACUCUAUGCUUAAUGAGCGCCUGUCUCCAGCUGUAGCUGUGAUCCAGUUAAUCAUUUUGUCUUCUAUUGCUGUUAUACCAUCAAAUUUAACGAAUUUAAUAAAAUAUCUGGGAUUAAUAUGUUGGGUUUUAAGUGGGCUAAAUAUGAUUGGCUUACUUAAAAUGAGGUACAAGGAUCCAGACCUAAGGAGACCUUAUAAGGUGUGGCUUCCAUUGAUAUUCGCAUCUUUAGCUUCAUCUCUAUUUCUAAUUUUUAUGCCAAUCAUUCAAUCACCUAAAAUGGAGCAUGUUUAUCAAGUUAUCUUUGUUUUAUGUGGACUUUUGUAUUACUGGUUUCAUGUUCAUCUUAAUCAACAUUCUGUAGGUUCUGAAACAAUCACUUGUUAUUUACAAUUAUUAUUUAAUGUUUCACCAUCAGGUGAUCAUGAAACUUGUAUUUCUACAAACAAAAACUGACUAUAAACAUGUUUGUGAAAAUAAAAGGCAUUAAAUUGUGAAAUUUAAGUGAACAAAUAGACUCCUGCAAACCUCCAAAUGUUAUAGACAAAAUUAAAACACUGAAGUACUUAUAUUCAUUAAUAAGUAAGGGGAUAAGACCUCAAAUUUACAAACACUAAUCAAUA